GUUAUCGCUGAUGGACUCCAUGAUUACAAUAACAAAUUAAUAACAAGCACUACCAGACUGCCGAAAUCUUAGGUAACCAACUUGAGUCUUGAAGAGGCCUAGUGAUUUGUGCGUUGCGAGUUAAUCAAAAAAAGUUAGAGAAUAAUAUUAGACAGUUAGUAAAGGGUGAAUAAUUGUAUGCGCCUUUUGUGACAUUUUGUAGCAAUAUUAUCUGUGUGACGUACGGGUACGUAGCGUUCAGAUUAUAUCGCCAACCAUAGCAACUACAAGUUACAUUAGUUGUCAAUAAUGGCAAAUAACCAAGAAGCAAUGCAAGUAUGUUCUUUGCCUUUACCACCUGUGCAAUACUUCCAAAAUUAUUCAGAUGAAAACAUUAGGCGUGGUCGUGCUUCUAAACCCCCACCAAUAAUUCAAGAAACAUACACAAUGUUUGGAAACCCAUACAAUGCUGAAGAUAGUAUAAUAAGACCUUUAGAAAGUCAGGGUUUUAAACGCCUUUACCCUCAACAUUUUGAUAGACGGCGUGAAUUACGUAAACUUAACCAUUCAUUAUUGGUUAACUUCCUUGACUUACUGGAUCUGCUAAUCCAAUGUCCUGACUCUCCAAGACGAGCUGAAAAAGUUGAUGACAUAAGUCUACUGUUUAUACACAUACACCAUUUAUUAAACGAGUUCCGUCCUCACCAAGCACGAGAAACCGUUCGUGUCAUGCUAGACUUGCAGAGGAGACAGAGAAAUGAAACCACAAUUCGAUUACAAAAGCACAUAGAUAAAGUUAGUGAUAUUUUACAACAAACAUUAGAAAACUUGCCAGACACUGAGCUUGAUUCUAAGUUAAUGGUGGACACAUCCAAAAUUGAUCGUUUAGAACAGAAAAAUGCAGAUGAACCUAGAGUUGACAAAUGUGUACCUAAAGAUAAAUUGAUGUGUCAUCUUAUUGAUACAAUGAAUACCAAUUAAAAAUUAAGACAGUUUAUUUAUCUUUUGUUAUUGUUUUAUAUAUUUAUAUACCUAAAAUAUUUUAAACUAACAAUGUUUUUGUCAUUCUUUUAAACCUGAAUCAUUUAUAUCCCCAUGACCUUUACAUUACCUUUAUGCAUGUUAAAAUUUGAAGGCCAUCAAAUGAUUAAAUAUACUUUUUUUUUACUGAUAAUUGAUUAAUAUUUGAUAAUAAUGUCACUAAAAUAUCCAACAAUUGUUUCAUUGUGUAUAUCAACUGUAUAAUUAUUUAAUUAUGAAUUGAAGUAGACUUUAGUAUUACUUGUAUUUUUCUUAUAAAUUAUGUCAAAAAAAUUGUAUUAUAGUAUUUUUUAUUAAUAAUAAUAUUUCGUGAAUCUAUUGAUUAAUGUAUAUUUUUAUUACUUUAAUAUGAAGUUUUAAACAAAAAUAGACAUUUUAAACAGUACUUUUAUAUCCAUGGUUUAAAUGUUAAAAACUAUUAUUUGUAUCUUUGUUCUGAAAAUUAAAAUUUAUUAAAUUUUUUUUAUUUUUGUUUCUAUCAUAGAACUUUAUAUUUAAGAAAUUUUAAGGAAAAAUAAUGUUUUAAGCAAGAAACAUAACAUUUAGUAUUAUACAUUUAAAAAAAAUUAAAGUAUCCUAAUAGAAUAUAA